UUUCAGGUUGGUAUUCUGCCUCUUUACAUGUGUUCGGGAUGAAGCACCUGUUGGAUACUCACCUCCACCGGUUCCUCUUUCUCCACCUGUUAGGGGCUGUCACAUCACAGGUCAAUCCAGAUGUGUGUCGGUAUCCUCUGGGAAUGUCUGGCGGGCAGAUCCAGGAUGAGUACAUCUCCGCCUCCAGCCAGUGGUCUGAAUCCACCGCAGCCAGAUACGGCAGGUUAAAUUGUGAGGAGGGCGAUGGCGCCUGGUGUCCAGAGAUAACCGUGGAGCCGGACAACCUGACCGAAUUCCUCCAGAUUGACCUGCGAUCGCUGUAUUUUAUCACCCUUGUGGGGACCCAGGGUCGCCAUGCCGGGGGCAUCGGAAAUGAGUUCACCCAGAUGUAUAAAAUCAAAUACAGUCGUGAUGGCAGCCGCUGGAUUUCGUGGAGAAACAGGCAGGGCAAGCAGGUGAUUGAGGGCAACAGGAAUGCCUAUGACAUCGUGCUUAAGGACCUCGAUCCACCCAUCAUUGCUCGUUUUGUUCGCUUCAUGCCCGUCACCGACCACUCCAUGAACGUCUGCAUGAGGGUUGAGCUCUACGGCUGCGAAUGGCUGGACGGCCUGGUUUCAUACAACGCCCCAGCCGGGGAGCAGAUGAAGCUGCCCACUCACCCCGUUUAUCUCAACGACUCUGUCUAUGAUGGAGCGGUCAUCCACAGUAUGACCGAGGGCCUGGGCCAGCUGACGGAUGGACAGUGUGGGCUAGACGACUUCACGCUCAGCCACAUCUACAACGUGUGGCCGGGGUACGACUACGUUGGCUGGAGCAACGAGAGCUUCCCAAGCGGAUUCGUUGAAAUCAUGUUUGAGUUUGAUCGCGUACGAAACUUCACCACCAUGAAGGUGAGCUCCUUCUUAAAACGGAAGAAUAAUCUCAAAUGGAAACGAGUGCUGCCGCUCAUUGGUUUGACAACGUGCGUGUGUGUCCAGGUCCACUGCAACAACAGGUUUUCCAGGCAGGUCAAGGCCUUCCGACAUGUGGUUUGCUACUUCCGCUCGGAUUCAGACUGGGAGCCCACGCCGGUUUCCUUCAGCCCAGUGGUGGAUGAGAAGAAUCCAAGUGCACGUUUUAUCUCCGUGUCACUGGCCAAUCACAUGGCAAGCGCCAUCAAGUGCCAGUUUUACUUUGCCGAUGCCUGGAUGAUGUUUAGUGAAAUAACGUUCCAGUCAGAUACAGACAUGUACAACACAACUGUGGCUCCACCCACGACAAAGCUUCCUCCGAACCUCAUACCAGAAGAGGACCCGACCCAUAAAGUGGACGAUAGCAACACCCGGAUUCUGAUUGGCUGCUUGGUGGCCAUCAUCUUCAUCCUCGUGGCCAUCAUUGUCAUUAUCUUGUGGAGGCAGGUGUGGCAGAAGAUGUUAGAGAAGGCCUCUCGUCGGAUGCUGGAUGAUGAACUAACUGCUAGUUUGUCAAUACAGAGUGAGACAUUUGGCUACAAUCAUAACCAGUCACGCACACUGAGUGAACAGGAGUCUAAUUCCACCUAUGAGCGCAUAUUCCCGCUCGGUCCAGACUACCAAGAACCAUCACGGCUCAUAUGUAAGCUGCCAGAGUUUGCCCAGAGCUCAGAAGAGCCCGCCAGUACAGCAACCUCAAAAUCCAACACGACCACUGUGGUCCAGGACGGCGUCCCUCACUACGCAGAGGCGGACAUCGUCAACCUGCAAGGCGUGACCGGAGGCAACACAUACGCCAUCCCUGCAGUCACCAUGGAUCUGUUGUCGGGAAAGGAUGUUGCCGUGGAAGAGUUUCCACGGAAACUCCUCACUUUUAAAGAGAAGUUGGGGGAGGGCCAGUUUGGAGAGGUCCAUCUGUGUGAGGCAGAGGGAAUGCAGGAGUUUAUGAACGAAGAGUAUUUGUUUGACAUCCCAGAGGACCAGGCAGUCUUGGUGGCCGUGAAGAUGCUCCGUUCAGAUGCCAACAAGAACGCUAGGAACGACUUCCUCAAGGAGAUAAAGAUCAUGUCACGUUUAAAGGACCCCAACAUCAUUCGGCUGCUCGCCGUGUGCAUCUACAGCGACCCCCUCUGUAUGAUCACAGAGUACAUGGAGAAUGGAGAUCUCAACCAGUUUCUGUCUCGCCACGAACCUGAGGGACAGCUCGCCCUGCUCAGCAAUGCACCCACUGUCAGCUUCAACAACCUGUGCUACAUGGCCACCCAGAUAGCCUCGGGGAUGAAGUAUCUCUCCUCUCUAAACUUCGUUCACCGAGACUUGGCAACCAGAAACUGCUUGGUGGGCAAAAAUUACACAAUAAAGAUAGCUGACUUUGGGAUGAGCAGGAACUUGUACAGUGGAGACUACUACCGCAUCCAAGGCAGGGCCGUGCUGCCCAUACGCUGGAUGUCAUGGGAGAGCAUCCUGUUGGGUAAGUUCACCACAGCCAGCGACAUGUGGGCCUUUGGGGUGACCCUGUGGGAAAUACUAAACUUCUGCAAGGAGCAACCCUACUCCCAGCUCACCGAUGAGCAGGUGAUUGAGAACACAGGGGAGUUUUUCAGGGACCAGAAACGACAGAUCUACCUGCCCCAACCUGUGCUGUGUCCGGACUCUCUCUACAAGAUAAUGCUCAGUUGCUGGAAAAGGAACGCAAAGGAGCGGCCCUCCUUCCAGGAAAUACACAAAGCCCUCGUGGAUUUACAACCCUAGCCGCAACCGGGUUUGAGACAGUUAUCCCCAGAGUGCCCAUCUCUGGAAGCAGUGGUGCAUAAUGGGAGAAGCAGAUACAAUCCAGGUCUAAGCUAUCUUGUUUCUGCAGAGAUGCAACGUGUGGGUUGGGGGGUGGGGGCCACCUGUGGGGCUCCAAGCUACCACCUGGGAAUAUAAACUUAACACACUAUAGAGGAGGACUACCAAAGGCGUUGUGUUUCUGUCUCAAUGCAUUAGCACAAAUACACAGACAAAGGGAUAUUCUUAGGAAAAACUACUCCCACAUCCUUCAAACACAAACAAAGGCAAGUUUAAAGACAUGAACUGCGGCCGUGACAUCUGUUGAGGGAGCCAAAAAAUUUUGAUGUAGCAAGUGACAUUUGGCACUUUUGAGUCUAUUUGCAAAUUCCAUGUGUUUUUAGUGGUUUGAGUUUCUCACGUUCCAGUGAUUUGAGUUCAUUGUUGAAGAGCUUUCUUGUGUUUUCAUUUGGAAGACUGCUUGAAUGUAGGGGGAAAGGCGCAGCAAGUUCGCUGCUGUUAGGUUUAAUUUUAUUUCAAGUAUAUCAUCUCAAUUUCAAAUAAAAAUCUGCACAUUCAGCAAAAAGAUAACCGAACACAUGUCUGACUUCUGCCAUUUUCCCACAGGAAUUUCAACAUGACCUGUAUAUGACUGUGUAUUUUCAAUAGAUAAGUUUAAUUCUCAAAUAUAAUUUUUUGUAUUAAUAUUUAUAUGUGCAUAUGUGUCUGAUUACGUAUUGCUGAUAUAUUUGUGUUUUAUAUAUAUAUAUGCCCUGUAACUGGAGUGUUAUAGUUGAUUUGCCUGGUAACGUUUAGGAUUUUGUUUUUCCCUGCUGCAAACCGUCAGACUUUAAUCGAAAAUUGAGAUCUCCACCAUUCUUUUUCUACAAUGAAGCAGAUUUUUCAGGACGCUUGUCGGGAACCAGGCCGUGCCAUGGCUUCUGUGCUCUGUUGGAUCAACCUUGUGUGAAUAACGUCGGUGUUAUUGGGACGAUGUCUGAGUGUGUUGUGGAUGUUGAUAGCUCUUUUUUAAAGUUAUGAAUGCAAAGGAAAUUGGUGCUAUUGAAUGAUGUCUUUAUAUGAGACAAUGGAAGAAGUAGAAAUAGGAAAUACUUCACGUGCGUGGCAGAUGGUGUCGAGAAUGAAGCAUGAAAUCCAACUUAUAACUUAUCUGCAGGUUUUAGUUAUCAGCUCUAAUUUAGAUGGAUCUUUAUGUAACUUUUCAUUUAUUUUAUGCAUUCUGUACUCCUGCUAUUUAUAUUCUGUUCCUUUUUUUGCAUUUCUGGCUUAUGUCUGGUCUGAACCUUCUCUUUUCAGUGCUAAACACAGGCCCACUUCAUAAAUCAAAGAGUUAUGGAUACCCUAUUACAGGACUUUCUAAAUGUUUUUUGAGACACUAUUCUCAUUUCAAGAGAAAAUAAUGCUGAAAUAUUGUUUAAAAUGCUCAUUUUUGAGACAUGUGGUGAAUGUUGUUACUGUGCAAAUGUAAAAGCACCCCGUCACCAUCCUAAUUGGUUGGGUUUUUACCAGAUCUUUGUACUUAAAUGGCUGUCUCUCAGAGAGAAUACUUCAUAUAUGCUGUAAACAAAAGUUAAAGUUUGAUUUAAAAAAAUGUAAAAAUUCACAAAUAAAAUUCAAACAGGGAAUUCGAUCCCUUGCAGGGCUCCUGUUUUAUUCAUCUGGACUGACUCUUCCAUGGCCUGUUCUUGUGGGCGGUCUUCUGAGGCUGAGCUGACUCAUAUCGGGAUCUUAUUGGCUGGGGUGC